CCACGUUUCAAAUAACCCCAAAUUACCUGUGCAUACAACUCUAAUGCAUAUUUAAUCAUUUUCUGUUUAUUUGUAUCGAACACUAAGAGUAUUAUGAUCAUAUGCAUUUAUUUUUUUCGCAUCCUUCUUUUCGCAGAACGAAGAAAAUUCAGAGGAACCUUCAGUAAGCGUGCGUUGUUCUACCCGGAUUAUUUUGUGAGACGAGAGACAUGUUUGUUUUGCUUUCUGUCGCUCUGUGUUUCCUUGGUUACCUUAUGUGUAUAAAACUGAUAUAUAAUAGGUUUAAUAAGCUAUGGCCGUCGUCACGGAAUAACAUUUUACGUUCUUCGAGUCGCGCUAAAGAUGUAAACUCUCUGCUGUCACGUGAUCCGCCUGGUUUGCCGUGUAGGACUUGUGAAACUGACGCGCGCGCGCUCGAUGGUGUGCGGGUUCUGCUCGUCACCGCGCAUCCUGAUGACGAAUGCAUGUUUUUUGCGCCAGCGGUUUUAAAACUGUCCGAAUCAAAUGCAGCUGUUUACUUGCUGUGCUUGUCAUCAGGGAAUUACUACAAUCAAGGGGCCCAGCGUAAAGAGGAACUGCUUGGCAGCUGUGCUGUUUUGGGAAUUCCAGCUCACAGAGUCACUGUUAUUGACAACAAAGAGUUGCAGGAUGACCCAAAGACUGAGUGGAGCAUCGCGCUGACCGCAUCACUGAUCCUUAAACACAUCACAACUUAUUCCAUUAACCUGGUGCUGACAUUUGAUGAGGGAGGAGUGAGCGGGCACGCCAAUCACAUCGCCAUCUACAAAGCACUCAGUCAUCUAGCAUUUGUUGGAAGAAUACCAGAAGAUUGCCAGGUUCUCUCCCUCCAUACGAUUAGCAUCCUCAGGAAGUAUCUGUCUAUCUUUGAGCUGCCAAUCAGCUGGCUCUUACCCUCGUCUUUCUGCUGCAUCAUAGGACCAAACGAAUACAAAAAAGCUAAGGAGGCCAUGUUGCGUCACCGCUCCCAGCUCCUCUGGUUCAGACGUCUCUACAUUCUGUUCUCACGCUACAUGUUCGUCAACACCUUCCGAGCCGUGCCCGUGGAGAAAAAGGAUCUGAAGUUCUACUAGAAGGAAUGAUCUCUAAUGAAAGUACACUGUGACUGUCCAAACUAAAGCACUGAUUUUUUUUCACAAUUUUUUACAAUUUCAUCCUUCAUCAAUGCCCUGCACACACAAAAAUCAAUUUACUGAAAUUCUGCUUUAUUUAAAAAAAUGUUUAAAAAUGUUUACAGCUGUUACAUGUUCUGUGUUUUCUUACACUACUACUUUAAUACCACUUUCACACUCCACAGUUCAGUUAUUCUUGGACUUUAAAUACCUUCAAAACUACAUAACCUGUUCAAGUGGAACAUUAUUUAAACAUUUCAUUCCAUCUUACGUGGAAUGUUUGCUAAAACCAUAUAUACAGCCAAACAUGCAGUGUGAAAGCAGCUUAAGACUUUGUUCUGUUUUUAAUCUGCUGUGCACAAGAGUAAGACUGUGUACUGUACCAAAUAACUUUGUAUACCUGAAUACACUUUGUAAAUA